AUGCAAAUGGGUGAUCAUCAAAUGAUGGGAAACCAAAGAGCAUUCGUGCAAAAAGUUAUUCCGGCUCCGAAUGGCGGUGGAGUUCCUCAGAAUGUAACUUAUGUGCAGAAUCAAGGAGUUCGAAUGGUUCAUCCAGAGAUUAAUGGGCAGCAGAGAAUAAUGCAGCCCAUUGCUCGGCAAGUCCCACAAAAUGGAACUGGUCCACACUUCGCAAGGCAAAAUCCAGCGGGACAGCAGUUUCAACCAAACUAUGGGGGAACGAUCGCCGGACGUAGUGUGGCUGUGAGGGCAGUUCAAGUUCAAGGAGGAUCUCAAGUCUAUCAAAGAACAACUGGCGGGAUCCAAGUUGUUGCUCAAGGUUCGCAAUCACAGCCGCGACAAAUGUAUAUGGCAACAAAUAAUGGACAGCAGGGAGUUCCAGUUGUUCAGGGGCAACGCAUAAUACAGCAAGGUCAGCAACAGCAUCCGUCUCAACAACAUUUCAGUCGUCCACAGCAAACUCAGAAUCAGAUGCUGAUGCAGCAACAUCAUCGGCAACAGAAUCUUGUACAGCAACCAUCCCAGCAACAUCAAAUGAAUCAACAACCACAGAUGGUCCGUCAGCAAAUUAUGCCACAACACCCAGCUCCAAUCCCUCAGCCGCAUAUGCAACAACGCUCUCAGCAACAAGUGUAUGGUCAACCUGGUAUGAAUCUCGCUGUUCCCUUAAGAGAACCAUCUCCAGAACCGGUGGUAAUCAAGACUGAGCCUCAGCCGGAAGUAGAAGUCUUUAAAAAAGAAGAAGAACCGAUGCCUGACGACAGUGAUAUUGAUAUUCAGAUCCGAAACGUGGUUUGUAACUACACCCUUCCUCUUCAUAUUGAUCUUCGUAAGUUGGCAAUGAACACUCACAAUGUGACAUAUGAAAGAGAAAAAGGAGUGAUGAUGAAACAGAAAAGGAAUCCUGGGUGUUAUAUCAAAGUGUACAGUUCUGGAAAAGUUUACAUUGUGGGAUGCCGUAGUGAAGAUGACUGUAGGCGUGCCGCCCGUUCGAUUGCUAGACAUGUUCAACGAGUUAUGGGAAAGACGAAAGAAAAAGUUUCUAUUCGUAAUUAUAGAGUUAACAAUGUUUUAGCUACAUGUCGUUUGCCUUUCGGAAUAAAAAUCGAAGAAGUUGCUGCAAAGUAUCCAGCAGAAUCGACGUACGAGCCAGAAUUGUCGGUCGGACUUGUCUGGCGGUCGACAACACCAAAAGCCACGUUACGAAUUCAUACCACUGGGUCCAUCACUGUAACGGGAGCGUCUUCUGAAGCCGACGUUCUUGAAGUUCUCUCUAAAAUUUAUCCGAUUGUUCUUGACUUCCGUUGUCACGAACGCGCGAAAGGCAAUGUUGCUGCUCAAAAGAAACGAAAACGGAAGGCGCCAACGAACAAAGGAACAACAAUCAAACGCCAACGUUUUGACGACGCCAAUUAUGGUAAUUCGGGAGUUAUCAACAACCAGGUAUAUUUCUCGGACGAAGACGAAGACCUCUACGAUGAUCUCGAUUUGGAGGACUGA